AUGGGAAAUUCUUACGCUGGUCAGCUCAAGACAACACGCUUUGAAGAAGUGUUGCAUAAUUCUAUUGAGGCCUCUCUCCGCUCAAACAACUUAGUUCCCAGACCAAUCUUUUCUCAGUUGUAUUUGGAAGCUGAACAGCAACUGUCAUCACUAGAAGCAGGCAGCAGAGCAGAUAAUGAAGAAGAAGAAGAAGAGGAGGAGGAAGAAGGCUCAGAAUCAAGUAGUCCUCCUGCUUCUUACCAGAUGAAGCCUCCCCCAGAAGGAUGUUGCACUACUGAUGGUUUCUGCCAGGCUGGUAAAGACUUGAGACUCGUUUCAAUUUCCAAUGAACAUAUUGAGGUACCAUCAGGGUUUUUACUUGUUGGUGCAAAGUCACCAAAUUUACCUGAUCACCUUUUAGUGUGUGCUGUGGAUAAAAGAUUCCUGCCAGAUGACAAUGGACGCAAUGCCCUAUUGGGCUUCUCUGGCAAUUGUGUUGGCUGUGGCAAGAAGGGUUUCUGCUACUUUACAGAAUUCUCAAAUCACAUUAAUCUUAAACUGACCACUCAGCCCAAGAAACAGAAACACUUAAAGUAUUAUUUGGUCAGGAAUGCACAGGGAGCUCUGACCAAAGGAUCUGUAAUCUGCUGGAAAGGAGCAGAGUUCAGAGGCCGACAGUCUUCACCCAGCACCUGCUCCAGCACGCUGUUCCAGCUGCCAGAAAGUUCAGGCCUCUCGGGAAGCACCUCAAGUGAGCCACUCCCAGCAGCAAACCCAGGUGCUCCGGCUGGGAUUCAGCAAACAGCUGCAGCCAUAGAUCACAUCCCAACAGCAGCAUACAGCUCAGCAGUUUAUAAUGGCAAGGAAUUGCCUAAACAACAGUUGGUGAAAAAUAACCUGUCUGCUCUGACGAGACCUUCAGUGUUAGGCACUUUAACAAAUUCAGGGCCUCCAAAAAAGCGCCAUAAAGGUUGGUCACCAGAAUCUCCAUCGUCAACUGAAACUUGGAACCUGCAGCUCAACCCACAGGCUCCAAACAAAAUUAAAAAUGAUGGAGGAAGCCUGUCAUCUUUACCACAUUCUGCUUUGGUGGCACCAGCCUCCUCUCCUAUAAUGGGCUCAGGAGAACCAGUCUCAGUUCCUGAAAACUUGCUGAAAAUCUGUAAAGCAAAGCCUGUUAUUUUUAAAGGUCAUGGAAACUUCCCAUAUCUUUGUGGUAACAUUAAUGAUGUGAUAGUGAGUCCUUUGCUGUAUACUUGUUACAGAAAUUCACAGUCUUUAUCUAGAGCUUAUGAACAAUAUGGUGCCUCCACAAUACAGCCUAUUUCAGAGGAAAUGCAGCUCUUACUGACUGUCUACUACCUUGUGCAGCUAGCCUCGGACCAAGUCCCUUUGAUUGAGGAUUUGGAACAAAUAUUCAUGCGUUCAUGGCGGGAAUCACACCUGUCUGAAAUCCGUCAGUACCAACAAGCUGUUCCACAGACCUUUCCUCAAGUGUCCAGCCAGAUCACACCAGUGACCUCAGCCCAGCUCCCCUGGCUGGCGGGCCUUGCAGCUAGCUCCUGUAACGAUAGUGUCCAUAUCAUUGAGUGCAGCUACUCUCUGGCUGAAGGGCUGUCAGAAAUGUUUAAGCUGCUUAUUGAAGGCAAAUUAACAAAGACAAACUACGUGGUGAUCAUAUGUGCCAGUAGAAAUCGAGCCAUUGACUCCUGCAUUGUGAUAACAGGAAAGUAUCAAGCAAGAGUUCUGUCUGAGAGCAUGCUCACUCCUUUGGACUACCAAAAAGAAGUUAACUAUCAGCUGGUCACAGGGAAAGUGGAAACUCUGGGGUCCUUCUUCAGCACACUCUGCCCAGAAGGUGACAUUGAUGUUUUGCUGGAGAAAUUUUACCAGGAAAACCAAGGGCACAUCUCUUCAUCACUUUCUGCUUCAGUGAAUAAACCAACAGCACUAAAUGGAACUGGAGCAGCUACGUGUACAAGUUAUGAGAUUGAACGACAUCAGAUUCGUCCAUUCCAGCUAGCAGUGGCUCAGAAAUUGCUGUCUCAUAUUUGCUCAAUCGCUGACUCCAGUACUCAAAAUCUUGAUUUGGGUUCCUUCGAGAAAAUUGAUUUCUUGAUUUGUGUUCCACCCUCUGAAGUGACUUACCAGCAGACUUUGUUUCAUCUCUGCCACUCAGGUAUUUUAUUAGAACUUGGAUUAGAAAAGGAACAUCUUACAAAACAGAGAGUGGAACAGUAUGUUAUGAAACUAGAUGCAGAAGCCCAGAUUAAAUUCAAAGUCUUUUUACAAAACUCUAUGCAGAAUCCACAUACACUGUUUGUCCUAAUCCAUGAUCACGCACACUGGGAUCUAAUGAGUGCUAUGCACAGCCUUUAUCCUCAAACAGAGCUGCCUACAGGACUUGUUGAUAGACUGUUGAACUGCAGAGAGGUGAAAGAGGCGCCAAAUAUUGUGACCCUACACGUGACUUCCUUCCCUUAUGCGCUGCAGACACAGCAUACUCAUAUCAGCCCUUACAAUGAGAUCCACUGGCCUUCUUCAUACAGCAAU